AUGGUGGAUACAGACUAUAAGAAAGCAAGAAAGUUCGAAGGAGGACUCCAGAACUCGAUUCUAGAUAAGAUUAAUGUAUUGAAAUUGCCUACCUAUAUCGAUGUACUGGAAAGGGCAAUAGUGGCUGAAGAUUGUGGGAAGAGGCACCGUCGGACUUGUUAUUGGGUAACUGGGGCUUGCCUCAAGUGUGGAAAGACGGGACAUUUAGCAAGAGAUUGCCCUCAGAGAGACCGGAAAAAUGGGAAUAGAACUACUACAACUUCAGUCGGCUCAACUCCAGCUUCAACUACAAAGACUACUGCAAAAUCCACCAAUACCAGAGACAAUGCUAGGCAGGGGAGAGUAUUUGCUCUUAUUCCCGAUGAUGUGCAGAAUACUGAGGCUAUGGUGUCAGAAACCUUUGCUAGUAAAUUGAAUAGACCUAAGGAAUCGUUACAUUAUGUUCUAUGUGUUUCUUCACCAUCGGGGGGCUCCAUGUUGCGUACAUUCAUUUAUUCUGCUUGUGAGAUCGUUAUUGGGAAUGUUCAAUUAUCUGCUGAUAUGUUGCUACUGGACAUGGCUUAUUUUGAUAUAAUUUUGGGGAUGGAUUUGCUAAGUAAAUACCAUGUGACUAUUGAGUCAGAGGUGUGUGUUGAUAACAUUCCAGUGGUACGUGAAUUUUCGGACGUUUUUCCAGAGGAGUUGCUAGGAGAGUUAGUGGACCGAGAGAUUGAAUUUGUGAUUGAUAUAGUACCAGGAACCCAACCAAUUUCAAAAGCCCCUUAUAGAAUGUCACCUGUGGAAAUGAAAGAGUUGAAGAUACAGCUGCAAGACUUACUUGAUAAAGGAUUCAUUCGUCCGAGCACUUCUCCUUAG